GCAAGAAGCAGCGAUGGUGGCACCGCGCGCUGGACAUUCCCAAAGCGUUGCCCACGGUGCCGAGGCCGAAGAAGCAGAAGGACCUGGACAGCAAGCGGCGUAAGCAGCAGGCCUAUCGUGAUCGCCCACUGCUGGCGCAGAAGUUGGCGAACAGCUACGGCAGGUGGACCGGGGCCGUGGAGGAGGCAGUUUUGCAACAUUCAGAGGUACCCCAACACCAACGAGACGGCUAUCGAGGAAGGGCGCAGGGUUUCGGCAUCAAGUGGAAAAAGAGCACAGCAUCGCCAGGCAGACCGCAUCUGUACAAUUCUGAGGCAGAUUGGUGGGCCAUCACGCACACGCAGGUGAUCGCGAUCAACGGCCUAGUGAAAAACAACAAAGACCCACAGCAGCUGCUACAACGAGGGCAAGAGUUUCGACAGCGUAUACAGCAGGCACAUGUGGUCAGCAAGCACAACGAUAUCGAGCUGCUCAACCAGUGGCAGCAGAUGGCGCACGACAUUUUCAGCCCAGCCCGUCAGGAGAGAGAGGACGUGAUAGAGAUCACCGAGAGGUUGGCAGGACAAGCUGCGCGGAGAGCUCUGGCAGAUGGCACAAAGGGCUUCAUCAGGCGGGCGCAAGAUAUGCGGAAGAAGACCCCUGGAGCCCUGCACAGAUGGACGAAGGACACGCAGCAGCCGCGGCUCGAGGAGAUGAUCUCAGGCAAGAUCGUGGCCGACCCCAUCCUCAUCAUGAGCCACAAGAGCGAAAGUUGGGCCAAGAAGUGGACGGCCGCCCCGCAUA